AUGUUGCAUCCCAAUGCUAGUAUAAAUCAAUUGAAUAAUACUAACAACAACAAUAUUGCCAUAGAAGAGGAUUCAAUCUCUAUUGCUAGUACUUCACGUCGUGGGUCAACCGUUGCUAGAAACCAGACGACUCCAACAAGUUAUCUGAAUAUUCCCUCAGUUCAUGGACAACAUACCUCUAGCUCAUCAAAUGUAUCCUUCUCGUCCCAACAUUCCAAAUAUUCAACAACAGAUAUUACUGGCUCUGAGAUUUCGAUUGGAAUCAAGCUCAGAAAUCAACUUAUGGAUUUUAUAUUCUUCAUGCAAGAGGCACAAUUAAGAGAAGGUCUAUAUUCCUAUUUGAUUAGUUUACUAUUUCAUACUUAUGUAUUUUGGAUUGGUAUAUUCUUGCCAAAUCUUGGAAUGGAAAUGAAAUACGGAGAGUGGGGAACAUGGGUUUUUUCUGUAUUGAACUAUCCUUUGACUUUAUCAUUCGAAAGGUUACCUUAUAUAGGUUCGUUGGCUCUAGCGUUUGUGGUUAUAGCUGUAGAGCUGUUAUUUAUUGUUUACUUGGUUUGGAGUGUGUAUGCUUACAAAACAACUUCUCAAUAUUUGAAAUGGACAAAGAAAGGUUUGGCCCUUGGUUCGAAACUUUUUCUACUCGUUUCUCUUCCAGCUGUUUACCUAUUGACAACACCACUUGAUUGUAAUCUUGGUUCUGUCUCAGUUCUCAACCGUUUUUUACAAUAUUCAAACCAGAACAUUGAAUGUUAUUCAACUAUUAAUAUUGCCUUCAUGGCCAUCAUGAUUAUUGGAAUAAUCAUUCAAAUGAUAUUAUCAUGUUUUUCUCUAUUAAUUGUGACGAAUUGUCAUCCCCAACACUUUUCUCCAUUCACUUCUGAUCAUCCAAUUUUCCUUAUUGGAACAAUGAUUUGUACUCAAUUCCAAAUUCUUUCACAUUAUGUGAUUCCUCCUCAGUAUGCAUUUAUCAGAUCGAUUGUGCAUUUGAUAGUUUCGAUUGGUUUAAUGAUUGGUUUUUCGAAAAACGUUCCAUAUUUUAAGAGAUUUGAGAAUUCCAUUAUGGUUGGAGUGUUAUCUGCAAGGAUCUUCUCAAGUUUUGGUUCUCUAAUUAGUGGCGUUGUAAAUAAUCCAAAUCUUUCGGCAAUUUACAAGUCAGUUGAUAAUGUGCUGGGAAUUGGUCUAGCUGGAAUGACUUUGGCAAUGAUUAUCAUCUCUUUUUUUGUUGGAAUGAUGGUAAUGGAGGCGAUUACAAGAAUUUUGAUUAGAAGUGUUCGAUUUAUUGUAAUUGAAGGUAUUAGAAAUGAAUCUAAUAAUGGUUUCCCUGAUUUACUGGAAAAGGCAAUCGAGAAGGAUUCCAUUAAUAUUUACCAAUACUUUCUAGAAUCCAAAAAGUUGAAUUAUCUGAAACUUUUUUUGAAAUUCUCCAUUAAGGAAAAGAUUCCAACAGAUGAAGAAGAUCCAACUCUUUCCAGCAAUCCAAAUAUGUUGAGCAAUCUGAAAAUGUCUCUUUCUCUUGUUAGAGGUAUAUCAUCACUCAACUCACAACUCGAUAAUGAUAUUCUUCUCUUAUCAAGUUCUAUAGCAUCAAAUUGUCUCGUAAAUGAUGUCAAUGCCACAACAUUUUCCAAAGGAAUUUUAAGGAGAGCCAUAAAAAAGAGACCAAAUACAUGGUAUAGAUUCCUCAUCUAUUUGAAACAGAAGGAAGUUGACAUUAUAGUUCAUCAAAUUAAUCCAAAUGCCAAAAAUACUGAAGAAAUGAGUGAAGUAAUGUUCAUUCUCGAAAGGAGACAAAAUGAAUUGAAAGCCCUUCACAGAAUGUUCUGGAAGGAAAUGCUCCAGGAAUGUGUCUUGAGGGAUAAGAUUGAAUCAAUCAUUGUAAGAAUGGGAAUUAUUUCCAAUGAAUGUGAAACCAAGUUUUUGAACAUGUUGGCAAUUUAUAAGAAUGACAAGAAUUUAUUACGAAAUUUUGCCAAAUACAUUGAAGAAUUCAAGUUUAAUAAGGAUGCUGCUCAAGAGCUGUAUGCUGAAGCAUCAAGUUUGGAAGAGGAAGAAACCAAAAGAAAUGCUCAAUUAAGAAAGAAGAGGAAUCAAAAGUCCAAGUUUAAAAACAGAAUAGUUCCAACACAAGAAGGCCCAAAUAUUGGUAUCCAUCUCCAGGAACACGACAUUAGAAGUGAGAGCAGUUCAUUCUAUGGCGAUCAGAAAGAGGCAGAAACCAAUCCAGAAUUCAAUGGAAUUGAGAAUAAUCCAGAAUUUAGAAAGGAAAACGUAUUCAGAACUUCACUGAGCCUUCCACACAGACACACUCUCCAAGUUUUCCUCUUCUCUCUAUUUGUCUUAUUUUCCAUCUUGUUUUUGAGUGUUAGUUUGGCUUUGAGUGUUUCAUUCUCAUCCUAUAUUUCAGGCACUGUUAAAAUAGUGGAAACAGCUUGUGCUCCAGUUGGCGCCUCUGUUCAGAUCAUGUCUAGUAUGAGAGCUUUUCAACCAAUCACAUAUUUGUACAAUCACUCAAUGGUUGAAUGGAUGAAUGUCAUGUCCAAGUAUGGAUAUACUUCUUUGGAACAUUAUCAUGAAGAAAUGUUAGAACACAUUAAUACUUACAGGGACAUUUUGAAAUCAGUGCGAGAAUUGGUUCAUGACGGAAAAUUCACACAGGAAAUGUACUCUGAAUAUCAUGAAAUUUAUUACACUUUCAAUUUACCAACUUCAUGGCCAGCAACAGAAAUCGAUAAGGUUUAUAACAUUUCGACCACUACUAAUACCACUAUUGCAGAUAUUACAAAUUUAUUCUAUACACACUCUGAAACUAUUUCUAAAUUUGGACUAGCAGACCUAGAGAGUUUUCUGUCAAGUUAUCCCUUUAUGUUAUUGUACUUUAAUUCCGAGAGAAUGGUUACUGCCUAUUCUGAUUUUUGUGUGAAUUUUGUUUCCAGUUCAAAGGAUGAAACUCAACUAAUUACUAAUACUUUUAUCAUUUACUUUUCCAUCAUUGUGACAGUCUACUUCCUCUAUACAUCUCUUUAUGUAUUCUACUCUAAGUUAGAUCUAUCUGUUAUAACAAAGAUAGUUCUUCUCAUUGAGAAGAAUGUUUCAAAAAAUGAUGCAGGAAGAUUAUUCCAUGAAUUGAGUAAGGUAGUCAAUGAUGAUACAUCAACUCAUCCAGUCAAGAGUGUUUGGAAAUAUCCAAGGAGUGUUGUAGUUGUAUUGGCUCUUAUUCUCUCUCUAAUUGUUUCAGUUUGUUGUGGGCUAUUCUUAUUGGAAACUUUACAAAAUGUGAAUCAAUGUUACGGAUCCUAUGUUAUUAUGAAAGAAUCAUUCCAAACUUUUGAAGAUAUUCAAUAUUUGAGUAAUUUUAUCACUGAGAAGUAUAUUAUAUCUGGAUUUCGCUCCAACAAUGAUGCUUUCUUCAGAGUUUCUAAUUUAUACAAUUUUACAUCCAAUCCAAAGCAUUAUGUUACUGAAAAAUCAAGUGACUUGAAAAACCAUUGGAAUUUAUGUAUUUAUGGAACAUCCAUUGGAGAGAAUCCAGAAAAUACCAUACUUGGAAAAUUUGAUGAUGUAAAUUUACUCGUGGCAGGUCAGGAAAAUUGUACAUUGACUGACAUGUUUAAAGAAGAUGGUAAUCAUUCGUGCGUUAUGGGAAUUGAUGAUAUGAUUACAAAUUUCGUCACAAUUUCCAAUGAAAUAAUGGAGCUAAUGGAUGAAAACGGAAAAAUUAAUAACUUGAAGCUGUUCGAAACGUUUGUUAAACAUUUCCAUCUUUCCAGAGCCAUUUCAGAUCAAUUGAUUGAUUUUUCUACUGUUUUUUCAAAAGAUGCUGCCAUAACUGAUGAAGAACUUGUCUACGCAUUCAGUUUCGUUGGAUUUAUUGCAAUUAUCUCCAUUUCACUUGCCAUUCGUUGGUCCUUACAUCAACAUGCCAACUCUGUCCAACAACUUCGUCUUCUUUUUAACUAUUUAUCAAUUGAGUUAAUGGAUUCUAAUGAAAAUAUCAAGAAUUACAUUGUACAUCACCAUAUUCCAAAUACAUUGUCUUCCCUCCUCAAAAAGAAGUCAAAUUUAGGGGAAGGUGACUCAAAAGUUCGAAGCAUUUUGAAUGCAUCUGUAGAUGGAGCAGUGAUGUGCAGUGGAGAGAAGGUUGAUAUUGAAAUAUUCAAUCCAGCAGCUCAAAAGAUAUUUGGAUACAAUCAAACAGAAACGAUUGGAAGAUCAUUGUAUCAAUUAUUUGAAAAGAAUGAGCAAUCGAAAAUUAAAAACCUCAUUGAUGAAAUGUUGGUGAAUGCAGCAAGAGGUGAUUCGAAAGGAGAUUCUAUUGAAUUGGAAUGUAUCAGAAAGAAUCAAACAAGCUUCCCAUCACGUGUCAAUAUUUUUGCCACUCUUCACAAUUCUCAAAGUGUUGUAACUUGUUUCAUUAAGGAUAUUACAACAGAGAAGAAACAUAAUUCAUUAUUGACAGAAGAAAAGAAACAUUCUGAAGAAUUAUUAUUGAAUAUUUUACCAAGUGCAGUAGCAAGUAAAUUGAAAUCAGGAGAAACUUAUAUUGCAGAGAAAUUCAAUGAUGUUUCAUGUUUUUUUAGUGACAUGGUGGGAUUUACAAAAUUGAGUACUGGAAUUCAAGCAUCUGAAUUGGUUCAAAUGUUGAAUGAAAUUGUAAUUGGAUUUGAUGAUUUGACAGACAAGUAUAAUUUGGAAAAGAUUAAAACGAUUGGAGAUUCAUAUUUUUGUGUGGGUGGAUUACAUGGAUUGAAUGCACAAUCAGAUCAUCCUGAAAGAAUUUUGAGAUUUUCCAUUGAUACAUUUGAUGUUUUACAAAGAUUUAAUUCAAAAUCAGGAAAACAUCCAUCUGAACAAAUUAAUAUUCGUGUUGGUAUUAAUACUGGAAGUGUUAUUGCAGGUGUUAUUGGGAGGAAGAAAUUUGCAUAUGAUUUAUGGGGAGAUACAAUUAAUACAGCUUCAAGAAUGGAAUCUAAUUCAAUUCCAGGAAGAAUUCAAAUUUCCAGAUCAACCUACGAAAGAGUUUAUGAUUUGGGUUUCACUUUUGAAGAAAGACAUUUAAAUGUGAAAGGAAAAGGUGAAUGUAUUGCUUACAUGUUGCAUGAGAAACAUCACACUCCAGCUCUUGUUCCAUCCUUCACUGACAUGUUGAGAACAAGUUUAAACAUUUUACAAAAGAAAAAUUCUGCAAAUCUUGAAACAUUGAAUGAACCCAAAACACCAACAAGAAACAAUGAUAAUAUUACCUUGACAAUCAAUCAAGAAGCCUACCUAUCUCCAAAUAAUACUUUGGAGUAA